AUGCACGGCGUAAAGAGGGAGAAAAAGACGCCCGCCUCCAUCCAGGCACGCCAGGCACGCAAGGAAAAGGAGCACCAAAAGAUCCACGCUUACCUCGACAUCGAACAGCGCUUCUUCCAGCUGCGCGAUCAGGGCAUCAAGACCAAAGACGCCCUCGCACACACCACCCACCUCCUCACCCUCAACCCGGAACUCUACACUGCAUGGAACUAUCGUCGCGACAUCCUCCUCGCACUGUUUCAGGCGCCUCUAGAUGAGCAACCGCAACAGAAGCCCGACGUAUUCGCAUCCCUGCGCCAGCCCACCGAUGCACCCCCUUCCACCGAGAGCCCAACCGCUUCCUCGUCCGCUCCCGACCCCAACCCCAACCUCGCACCCACCGCACCCACGCCAGGUACGAGCGCUGCACCCGCCGCCACCGAUGAGGACCAAGACAAACAGCGCAAACAACAGCGCACCCGCCUCCUCGUCGAGCGCGACCUUGAACUCACCGAACACGCCCUCCGCGCCCACCCCAAAGUCUACUGGAUCUGGAACCACCGCAUGUGGUGCCUCGAAAACCUGCCCGAGGACCCCGACUUGCUCGCCCGCGGCUUCAACAAGUGGAAGAUCGAAAUGAAGCUCGUAGACAAGAUGCUCGAGCUCGACCCGAGAAACUUCCACGGCUGGACCUACCGACGCUACCUUACCGCCCAGCUCGCCGCCACGUUUCUGCCCUCCGCCGCCGUCACUGCCUCGCCGCCGCCGGUCGCCGACGUUGAGUCCUUCCCGGCCUCAUUGUCCCGCUCCGACCUGCCCGCCGAAGCGCGCCAGGCGCAGCUGGAGCUGGCCCAGAGUGAGCUGCAGUACACGCUGCGCAAGAUUGAGGCCAACAUUAGCAAUUUCAGCGCGUGGCACCAGCGCACCAAGCUGCUGCCGCCCAUCUGGGACGCCAAGGGCUGGGACGAAGACCAGAGGCGCAAGGCAAGAGACCAAGAGUACGAACUCGUCAAGCAGGCCAUGUACACCGACCCGGCGGACCAGAGUGUAUGGAUCUACCACCGCUGGCUGGUCGAGCAGGACCCGGCCGCAUCGAUCCUUGUACGCGAGAUCGAGGCGAUAGAAGAGCUGCUGGAUCUCGAACCCGACAGCAAGUGGUGCAUGCACACGCUGGCGCACUACAAGACGCUGCUCAUCGAUGCUCGGAAGAAGGCUCAAGACGACGAGGCCGCGUCCGCCUCCGCCGCCCAAGUCGACGACGAGGAGAAGCGGUUACGAGACCAGGUCAAGCAGCUGCUCGAGAAGCUCAUCGACGUCGACCCGGAUCGCGCCAACCGGUACCGCGACCUGCUCGAGGGCAGAGCGCACUUCUAG